AUGGCGUCAACAACAACAACAAAGAAGAUCUUCGGUUUCAUGCUCAUGAUAACAGCCUUCACGGUUCUCUUGGGUUUCUGCUCCGCAACAACCUUCAAAGUCGGAGACUCUGAUGGAUGGACGGCGAAGGACGACAAAUAUCACGGUUGGGCCGAGGGCAAAGAAUUCAACGUCGGUGAUUCACUCCUCUUCGAAUACGAUCACAACUUCAACGACGUCGUUCCAGUUAUCCGUUUGGAUUACGAUUUAUGCCAGUCUUCUUUCGCUGAAGCCGUCUACAAAACAGGACAAGAUGUCGUGACCCUUACGAAGCCAGGGCAUCACUACUUCAUCAGUUCGAAUCCUGCUCGAUGCAAAUCGGGACAGAAACUCGACGUUCAUGUUCUUGGCGACGAACUCGCUGAGCUUGAGUUCAAACUAAAUCCUAUGACCGAAAGUCUUCAUUCUCCAUGGAAAAGUCAGGUCACGAUCUCCUCAGACUCGUCAAAUCAAGAACCCGUGGACCGUCUCACUAUGUGGUUACGCAAAUUCCAACGUUUUGGUUUGGGAUUAUCUUAA